UUUUUAGUCUCUCUCGCUCUCUCUUCUUAGUUUGAGAAGACGGAAGUGGACUUCAUUUUCUUCUUUUUUUGCUAAAAAAGUAGACUUCAUUUUCUUGUACGGGAACUAAAAUAUUGCAGAUUGACAUAUACAAACAUGAAUCAUCAGAGGAGUAAAUUUGCUAGGCUUGAUCAUACUAGGAAUUUGGGGAGUUCUGUGGAUGGAAAAAUCAAAAGUGUUAGAGGAGGCUUGAAGAAGUUUUAUCAGAAGAUGAAAACACUGAAAAACUGGAGGAAGACUGUCUUGUUAGCUUGCGUGGUUGAUUUGGCUAUUGAUCCUUUGUUUCUCUUUAUCCCUUUGAUUGAUUCUAAUAAAUAUUGCUUCACUUUCGACAAGAAACUUGUAGCAGUAGUUUGUGUCAUUCGUACUUUUAGUGACACAUUCUAUGUGAUUCACAUCAUAUUUCAUCUUAUAACCGAGAUCAUGGCUCCUCGUCCUGAAGCAUCUUUUAGAGGCGAGAUUUCCGUGCAUUCUAAGGCUACACGGAAAACACGUCACCUCUUUCAAUUCAUUGUUAACAUUUUCUCUGUUCUCCCCAUUCCUCAGGUGGUGGUUCUAACUCUCAUUCCACGGUCUGCGUCGCUAGUGUCAGAGAAAAUACUGAAAUGGAUUAUACUUUGUCAAUUGUUACCAAGAAUCAUUCGUAUGUAUCCGCUUUACAAAGAAGUGACAAGAGCCUUUGGUACGGUGGCAGAAUCAAAGUGGAUUGGAGCUGCUUUAAACCUUUUCCUUUACAUGCUGCACAGUUAUGUGUUUGGGGCUUUUUGGUACGUGAGUGCAGUAGAAAAGAAAAGCAAAUGUUGGCGUGACGCGUGCGCUAGGACAUCCGACUGCGAUCUCACGAAUCUGCUUUGUGGACGAGGUGGCAGAGACAACAGUCGUUUCCUCAACACUUCAUGCCCCUUAAUCGACCCUGCCCAAAUCACAAACUUCACAGACUUCAACUUUGGGAUGUUCAUUGAUGCAUUGAAGUCAGGUGUGGUAGAGGUGAAACCAAGGGAUUUUCCGAGGAAAUUCCUCUAUUGCUUUUGGUGGGGUCUCCGUAAUAUUAGUGCUUUGGGCCAAAACCUGGAGACAAGCAACUCUGCAGGGGAGAUUUGUUUUGCUAUCAUCAUAUGUGUCUCUGGUUUACUCUUGUUUGCUGUGCUCAUUGGAAACGUUCAGAAGUACUUGCAAUCAUCAACCACUAGAGUAGAUGAAAUGGAGGAGAAAAAGAGAGACACUGAAAAAUGGAUGUCCUAUCGGGUGAUACCACAGUAUUUGAAGGAACGCAUUAGGAGAUUCGAAGAUUACAAAUGGCGAGAAACCAAAGGCACCGAAGAGGAAGCUCUUCUUCGUAGUCUUCCAAAAGACCUCAGACUCGAAACCAAACGCUAUCUUUACUUGGAUAUGUUAAAGCGUGUUCCAUGGCUUGACUUCAUGGAUGAUGGUUGGCUACUAGAAGCUGUGUGCGACCGAGUGAAGUCUGUGUUCUACUCAGCGAACAGCUACAUUGUGAGAGAGGGGCACCCAGUUGAGGAAAUGCUGAUUGUAACCAGAGGCAAUCUGAAAAGUACAACCGGAUCUCAUGAAAUAGGUGGCCGCUACAAUUGUUGUUACCUCCAAGCUGGUGACAUAUAUGGAGAACUUCUCUUCAAUGGUUCUCGCCUUCCCACCUCAACCAGAACCAUAAUGACUCUGACUGAAGUUGAAGGCUUCAUUCUCUUGCCUGAUGAUGUCAAUUUUAUAGCGUCUCAUUUAAAUGCCUUUCAACGACAGAAACUCAAACAAACAUUCAGGUUCUAUUCAGAGAAAUGGCGCUCAUGGGCGGCAUUCUUCAUUCAAAGGGCAUGGAGGGAACAUUGCAAAAGGAAGCUUUCUAAGAUCUUACGUGCCAAAAGAGACAACGAGAACAUUCCACAAGGCAAGCAACUCAAUCUUGAAUCAACGCUCUACGUGUCGAGAUUUGUGUCCAAAGCUUUGCAAAAUCGACGGAAAGAUACAGCAGAUUGUUCCACUUCUCUUGAUAUGUCACCUCCGGUACCUCAUAAACCAGCCGAUCUCGAGUUUGCAAGGGAUGAAGCAUAGUGUAUCUUUGAAGGAAAAUGACUUUGUACACAAACAAGGAAGUGAAGACUAUGCUUAAUUCACGCAAUCAUUUAUUAGGAAUUGUAGGGCAUGUUUUGAGUACAUGGAGAUAACUUGGUCGAUUGCUGUUUCUAGGUCAAGUCUGCCUUAAGAGAUGGUUCAAAAUAGCUACAAUAAGUUGUA